AUGAAUAGCACAUUCCUAGAAGAAGGUGGAUUCACCACCAAUCACUCUCAACCAGAGAGAUCAGCAGUGAAGAAGUCAGUGAGACGCCUCACAGCCAGGCAGAUUGCAGAAGUAUCAAACAGCAGUCUCGAUGGCCAGGAUGUCAGUGCAGUGAGACUGGUUGCCGUGGUAGCAAGCAGGAAGCAGUCGAAUACGGGAGUCAGUCUCAGGCUGUUUGAUACAACUGGUGAGAUCCAGUGCAACUUCUGGCCAAAUGGGGCACACGAUGAGGCAGCAAUGAACAGCAUCGAGGAGAACGAGUUGGUGAGCAUCUGUGGGACGUACAGGACAUUCAACGAGAGGGCAUCUGUGAUAGUGACAUCUGUGAGCAAGGCAGAUGGAUCAGAACUGAUCUACCACCUGACUGGGUGUCUGUACGAGAAGCAGGUGCUCUUGAACAAGAUAGCACCGGAGACUGGGAGCAGGAAGACAAGGAAGAGUGGGGCAGUUGAUGAUGCCAUUCUGAAACUGGUUAGGGAGAAUGAGAGUUCGCAGGGGAUUCACAUUGAUACAAUUGUGGCCAUGUUGGGUAGUGAGUACGAUACAGUGGAAAUAAAGGAAGGAGUAGAGAGACUGUGUAAGAACUGUCACCUCUAUCACGUUGAAAAUGGGAAUUACAGGAGUGGGUAA